AAACUGGAACACAAAGAAGUUUUGGUUGGCUUGUUGUUCCUGGUUUUCCCAUUCAUCCCAGCCAGCAACCUCUUCUUCAGGGUGGGAUUUGUGGUGGCAGAGCGAGUCCUUUACAUGCCGAGUAUGGGGUACUGCAUCCUUUUUGUCCACGGUCUAAAAAAGCUGUCUGCAUGGUUAAAUAAGUGGAGAAUUACUGUUCUGACCCUCUUUGUUUUACUGCUGCUGCUCUUCUCUUGGAAGACCGUGAAACAGAAUGAAAUCUGGCUGUCACGAGAAUCCCUUUUCAGCUCAGGAGUGAAGACCCUGCCCCACAACGCCAAGGUCCACUACAACUACGCCAAUUUUCUGAAAGACCAAGGCCGUAACAUUGAGGCGAUCUACCACUACAAAACUGCUCUCAA